UCUAAGACCACAGCCGCCCAGACAACUCCCAAGUCCUAACUGAAGGUCAGCAGCAGUUUCAGUAAACUGUGAUUCAGACAGUUUCAUUACACUGUCUUCCGCACGCACAGGCUUAUCAGCAGUCCAUUAAAUUGAAACCCAAAAGACCAUGCCAAUGCGAUCUGGUGGUGAGAAGAUGGGGAAGCGCAAGUCGAUGAGCUCCAAGAUGGCUCAGCGGAAGAAGCCGGCGCCCAAGCUGGACACCGCCUUCUGCUGCCCCUUCUGCAACCACCCCGGCGGCGUGUCCUGCACCAUCGACCUCAAGCUCUUGGUCGCCAGCGCCGCCUGCUACGUCUGCGAGGAGGCCUACCACACCACGGCGCACCACCUCACCGAGCCCGUCGACAUCUACCACGACUGGAUCGACGCCUGCGAGAAGGCCAACCAAGCCGGGGACUGCUACAAACCACAGCGGCGAGUCGGCGGCGGCGACGACGACGACGACAGCGAUGCCUGAUCGAUCGAUCGUGUCCGGUCGAGCUGGUUUCAGAUCUCUAGUCUUCUAGACGAUGCUAUGCUAAGCUUUGGCUAGUUUGAUGUUGGAUUCGUCUUUGUCCCUGGAGUUCAGUUGUGGCAGUUUAGCUGACAUUAGAUGAAUGGAUGUACAUGUAAGGCCGUUGCCCCGUAGACCUGUUGCUACGCAAGGUGCAACUGCAACUGAUGAGUUCUCAACUUCUGAUCUUGUCCGGUCGAAACGACCUCAACCUAAUGUUGAAUAGUUUUGAUAUUUGAAUCGUGUCUCUCGAGUUUCGGCUGUGUUUGGCUGAAAUUGUAUUGAUUGGAGCCUCUAGUCCUCUUCUACCUCUGUUGCUGCGUAAUCUGUAGCUCAUGAGUUCUGAUCAUCAGCCAAUUAAUCUAGCUUGUGUAAGACGACCAUGUACUGAAUCUGUGACUUGUUUCGUUGCUGCAGUGGAAUGGUAGGAUACUUGAAUUUGUUUUAUGAGCAAGAAUAUGAGAAAACUACUACUCGUAUUAGCUAGUACUCCCUCCGUCUCAUAAUGUAAGACGCUUUUUGACACUAGGAUUGGAGGGAGUAGCUUUUAACCACAACUCACGACACAACAGUGCUAGAAAAAGAAAAUCACACCGUUUAAGAACAAAGACGCUCUGCAAGUUCUGUCCAGAAGUAGCUAUGCAACCAUUGCAACAGUUACCAAAACUGAACACUGAUCUGCAUCACGGUGCAGACUUCCUAGUAGAUAGACAAGCAAUGGGAAACAGAGAUACUUUUCCAAGUAAGUACCUCUUAAACUGGAAAAUCGGUGGCAGAGAUCUGAUGCACACAUCGGAUUACUCAACCAUUGCAACUGAUGUGCACUCAGAUGCAAAUGACGGUACGCGCCCACAUCAACUGCCAUCUCAAACCAUCCAUUCUCCAAAAGACGGAAAAUUUCUACAACCCGA